AUGACUGAAUCGCAGGCGAGGGAAGCCGUCCUAGAUAAACUGGUGUCCCCAGUUAUUGGUCAGCUGAUUUUUGUUACGCUUAACAAAAACUUCCUUUGUUAGGUGUGAUUCCAAAAUAUGGCAACUUCAGAGUUUUGACAGGGAGACUGCCACUCACAGGAGUUGACACAUUCACUUCCGGUGGAGAAGUGAUGUGGACAACGCAUUCAGUUCAAUGGGACAACGAGUAAAAAUUGCAACAGAGCCGCACAGCCCGGUGAAGCGUCGUUGCUAGUUCCGUCCACAGUUGUCGGAAGUCUGGAGCGGAGCUCUCGGGGAAUGGGUGACAUUUAACCAGGAAAAAGGGCUGCAGGAACGAGAGGACUCCCGCGUGGGGCUGCAGGAUGGACGAGGCGGUGGGCCUGGUGGAGUUUGACGUGCCGGAGUACAGCAGCGGCGUGCUGAGCCAGCUGAACGAGCUGCGUCUGCAGGGCAAGCUGUGCGACAUCGUGGUGCACAUCCAGGGCCGGCCCUUCCGCGCGCACAAGGCCGUGCUGGCGGCCAGCUCGCCGUACUUCCGCGACCACUCGGCCCUCAGCACCAUGAGCGGCCUCUCCAUCUCCGUCAUCAAGAGCCCCGAGGUGUUCGAGCGGCUGCUGGCCUUCUGCUACACCGGCCGCAUGUCGCUGCGUCUGCGCGACGUGGCCAGCUUCCUCAUCGCCUCCAGCUUCCUGCAGAUGCAGGACGUCAUCGACCGCUGCACCCGCAUCCUGGAGGGCCUGCACUCCAAAAUCUGCCUGCCCCCCGGUGGCGGGCCGGCGUACGCGGAGGGCCACAACGGCGUGGGGAAGGCUGAGGAGGAGGAGCCGGAGGGCGAGGAGGAGGAGGAGGAGGAGGAGUCGGGCGGCGACGCUGUAGGCCACCCGAGCCCUGCUCACUUCUCGCCCGUGACGAUUCGCUUGGUUCGCGCGGAGGCAGGGGGGAGGGGCCAGGGGGAGGAGUUCCGGUCCGAUCUCGGCAGCAGCGACGGGGAGGCGGAGCUGGAUCAGGUGGAGCUGAUUGGCCGGGACGGGCAGGUGACAGACGUGCGGGUGAAGCUGGAGAGGGAGGAUGCUGAUGUCGACAGCAGCGGGUUCCCCGCGGAGACGGCGGACGGCGAGCGGCUGCAGGCGGUGAAUGUGGGGUCCCCUGCCCUGCGGCCCCCCGCAUACCCCUACCCGCCUCCCCCCGCCGGCCACGCCCGCUACGGCCGGCCCAGCCCCUCCCGGCCCAGCCCCUCCCGCUCCCUGCUGGGUGGUUACCACAGCAACCGCGGCAGGGCCAAGCGGGCGUCGGUCCUGGCGGGGGGGGCCCGGGCGGGGGAAGGGGCGGGGCAGAAGGAGGGCUUGGAGAACGACGUGCGCGUGCGCAGCCUGAGGGCCCCGUGGGGCGGAGCCUACGCCCCCGUCGGCGACCGGCUGGUCUGCGUCUACUGCGGCAAGUCCUUCAACCAGAAGGGUAGCCUGGACCGGCACAUGCGUCUGCACAUGGGCAUCACGCCCUUCGCCUGCGUCUUCUGCGGGAAGCGCUACACGCGCAAGGACCAGCUGGAGUACCACAUCCGCGGGCACACGGACAACAAGCCCUUCAGCUGCCACCUCUGCGGCAAGAGCUUCCCCUUCCAGGGCACACUCAACCAGCACCUGCGCAAGAAGCACCUCACCCCCGCUCCCUGCGACUCCCCCGACGCCCCGCCCAACGGCCAGGAGAGUCCCAGCACCAGCCCCUAGGGGGCGCCAAAUCUACAACCACCCACCCACCCGGCCCCAGUGUUCUCACGGGGUUACUUCAUAUUAGGAUUCCUUCCUUUGUUCUCAUGUUUGAAGCUUUAAGAUUGUAUGUGUUUGUUUGUAUACGCACACAAUCAUAUUUGUUUAUAUUUGUCAUUUAGAUUUUUUAUUACUUUAUAUAUAUAUUUGUUAUUAUUUGACUUUCAUACCUGCUGUCGGUCAUGUUGCUACGGUCAGAUGUCACGAGAGGGGAAAAGCUUUUUUUUCAAAAGGAAAAAAAAUUGGGUUAAAAAAAAAAAAGGGAAAGUGCAAAUGACAUUUUUAGGGUAUAAAAUGUGGAAUGGAGGAGCCCAGUAAUCAGGGCUAUCUUCUCAAACCCAACAAAAACGUGUAUAGAUUUUAUAUACAAAUAACUUUUUAGUAUUUAGAAAGUGAUCAAGGCAAGUUGCAAUAAGGAAGCGGAUCUCAGAUCUUUUGUCAUAUCUCAUCUUAACACAGGCUCCUUCACACACACACACGCGCGCACACACACACACACCUGUGGCUCAGGAGAAGAAAACACACUUCAGGUAAUACCUCAUGCCACAAAAAAAACAACAGUGUUCACGCUACCGGUUCUACCUCAUAUAACAAAAACUUGACAGAAAAUACACACACAACCUUUCUUAACACUCAGUUUCAUUACAGGGAAGUAUUGUUUUCACCGUUGGGCUUUCAGAAAACCAUUUUAAAAUAUUUGUGAAGAGGUUUGAGGUUUGAUUAAUCACAGGCAGGGGGUUUUGGGCAGGAUUUCAGGGCUGGGGCUACAGUGAGCGGAGGACUGGUUCACAUCGGGGCUGAAGGAGGGUGUUGUGGGGUUGGGUGCUGUGCUGUGUGCCUCACACACUGGUCUUAGACGGCCGGUCUGUUCAGUCCAUCAUUUAAACCCGCUGUGUUUUUAAUGCGGUUGUCAGUGGGGCUUUUUACAAGAAGUCAUUUUCAUAUGGGAGUGUUAAGCUUUCUUUCUUUAACAAAAAAAAAGAAGUUAUUAAUAAAAGGCCCAGAUUUGCUGCUCAUCGGCAUUUUUCAGGGAGAGGUUAAAUUUAUCGUGGGCAUAUAAAUAAAAAGGUGUAAAAUAUGCAAAUUGAUAAGCAUAUUUCACAGUCUAGUCCCUGAGGCAGUGCAGCAUGCUGCUUAUCCGCCCGUAGCUCUUUCAGUUCGCUAGUUUCCCCCCGUGGUUCGACACACACCGUACGCGUCUCUCGAUUUCACUGCCACGUCCCACUGUGGGUGCAGUUGGGGACAGGGACCGCCAUUUUAGUCAUUCUCCUUCCUUUACUUGUUCUGGAUCAUCGAAGUAGGACAGGAAGCUUCUAGAAACGAUUAAGAACUGUGAGAAGAUUCCAGAAUACCUCUAUAAUGCUCUGUUGGAGAGUGGAUUUUGCAGUAAUCUGGACUGUAUUCAUCCUCUGCGUGCUGCUUUCUGGGUUUUUUUUUUUUGGGGGGGGGAGCGAGUAGACCUUCAUUUGGUUCCGUCUUGAGCUCGCGCUGUCUUAGUACUGUGCUGUGACAUGCCUAGACUGCAGAUUCACACACUGAGGUUUUCAGAGGACACCCAGUCAGCUCUGCUGCAGCUCCCCCCCCCCCCCCCCCCC